GCGGCCGCCAUCUUGGCGGGAGAGAAACAAUAGGACGGAAGCUCUGCGGGACCGGCUGAGGUAGCAGGUUUCGCAGGUGACAGACAAGUACAUGGUAUACCAGCCCCAUAUCUGUCUGAGCAGUGGAAUGUGUGAGGAAGGCACAACUACUGACUGAUGAACCUUAACCAGUCUUCUUUGCAGAGGGGUGCAAGGGGUGCCAGAGCCUUCCGGAGGGAGAUAUCACCCGUAUCUAGGCAACAGGGAUGAGCCUCCCUGAGGCCAGCUUGCUGAGGGGUUCCCAUAUGCUGGCUUUUGCUGAUCACGCCCUGUGCUUGAGACCUUUUGACUCUGGUGGCUGGGUUUGAAGGAGUCACACCUGUAUAUCUUUUCAGUGAAGAAGUUGUGUUGGAACUGCCAAGGCUCAUUCAAAAAGCGUCCUGGCUCACACAACCGAGGAGCUGAGGCCAGACAGACGGACGCAGGGACAGACGACAGAGGACGCGCUGGCCGCUGCACCCCGCUGCCUCCCCCUUCUCCCUGCUGCCUGCACCUGGAGGAUGAGCCCAGCCUUCAGGGCUAUGGACGUGGAGCCCCGCGCCAAGGGCAUCCUGCUGGAGCCCUUUGUCCACCAGGUCGGGGGGCACUCGUGCGUGCUCCGCUUCAACGAGACGACCCUGUGCAAGCCUCUGGUCCCAAGGGAGCACCAGUUCUACGAGACCCUCCCUGCGGAGAUGCGCAAAUUCACUCCCCAGUACAAAGAUGUUUUGAUAUUUGUUAGGUUUGCAGAUGAGUUUGGGGCCUCUGGCAACAUAGAGACUAAGGAACAGGGUGUGGUAUCUGUGCGCUUUGAAGAAGAUGAAGACAGGAACUUGUGUUUAAUAGCAUAUCCAUUAAAAGGGGACCACGGAACUAUGGACAGUGUAGAUAACUCAGACUGUGAACCAAAAAGUAAGCUGCUAAGGUGGACGAACAAAAAACAUCACGUCCUAGAAACAGAAAAGAUCCCUAAGGACUGGGUGCGUCAGCACCGGAAGGAGGAGAAGAUGAAGAGCCAUAAGUUAGAAGAAGAAUUUGAGUGGCUGAAGAAAUCUGAAGUAUUGUACUACAGUGUAGAGAAAAAGGGGAAUGUCAGUUCCCAGCUUAAACACUACAACCCUUGGAGCAUGAAGUGUCACCAGCAACAGUUACAGAGAAUGAAGGAGAAUGCAAAACAUCGGAACCAGUACAAAUUUAUCUUACUGGAGAACCUGACUUCCCGUUAUGAGGUGCCUUGUGUCCUGGACCUCAAGAUGGGUACGCGCCAGCAUGGUGACGAUGCUUCAGAGGAGAAGGCAGCCAACCAGAUCCGCAAAUGCCAGCAGAGCACGUCUGCAGUCAUUGGUGUGCGCGUGUGUGGCAUGCAGGUAUACCAGGCAGGCAGUGGGCAGCUCAUGUUCAUGAACAAGUACCACGGACGGAAGCUGUCCGUGCAGGGCUUCAAGGAGGCACUUUUCCAGUUUUUCCACAACGGGCGGUACCUGCGCCGUGAGCUCCUGGGCCCUGUGCUUAGGAAGCUGACUGAACUCAAGUCCGUGUUGGAGCGACAAGAAUCCUACCGCUUCUACUCAAGCUCCCUGCUGGUCAUUUAUGAUGGCAAGGAGCGGCCUGAAGUGGCCCUGGACUCAGAUGCUGAGGACUUGGAGGACCUGUCAGAGGAGUCAGCCGACGAGUCGGCUGGUGCCUAUGCCUACAAGCCCAUCGGCACCAGCUCAGUGGAUGUGCGCAUGAUCGAUUUCGCACACACCACUUGCAGGCUGUAUGGUGAGGACAGUGUGGUACACGAGGGCCAGGAUGCUGGCUAUAUCUUUGGGCUCCAGAGCCUGAUAGACAUUGUCACAGAGAUAAGUGAGGAAAGUGGGGAGUGAGCUUGCUGGCUGCAGCAGUACCUGAGAGACUCUCUGUGUCCCAGGCACAGCUGUGCUGCGUCGGGGAGGAGGCCAGUAUGGCCAGGCGGUAGCCCCUGCAGCCUGGAGCUGAUGCGCAGAGGCCUCUGUGAGUCCCAGCCUGAGCCAGCCCCAACCGCUCUCGGAGUCUUUAUUUAUUUUAACUCUCUCUUCAACAUUCCACAUUUGAUGAUGCAGAUACCUCUUUCUUCCCUGAGUGUAAAUGUUCUAAUACAAAUCUUUUUGUUAAUUGUA